UUCCGGCGGGGGAGGAGCGGUGGGUGGUGGUGGCUGCAGGAGCGUUGGGGGGUCUUGGACCUGGGCAUCUGCUCUCUGCCACCAUCUGACACAGGAGACUCGGCAAGACGGAACAUCAGGCAGUUGGCUGCAUCCCCAUCCCAUCCCAGAGGUGGCCGUGGGAUCACUGGGGGAAUCCCUCGGGGCUUGGCUCCCUCUGGGAGCCUGCUGGCUGCUUUGCUGGCGCCGCGGGCGGCGGAGGCGAUGUUCCGGACGGUGAUCAUGAUGGCUUCCAGCCUGGCCCUCACCACGGCUGUGGUAGCUCACGCUUAUUACCUGAAGCACCAGUUCUAUCCUACCGUCGUCUACCUGACCAAGUCUAGCCCCAGCAUGGCAGUCCUCUAUAUCCAGGCAUUCGUCCUGGUUUUCCUCCUGGGCAAAUUCAUGGGUAAAGUGUUUUUCGGGCAGCUGCGAGCCGCAGAGAUGGAGCAUCUCCUGGAGCGGUCAUGGUAUGCCGUCACAGAGACCUGCCUGGCCUUCACCGUCUUCAGAGAUGACUUCAGCCCCCGCUUCGUGGCCCUCUUCACCCUCCUCCUCUUCCUCAAGUGCUUCCACUGGCUGGCUGAGGACCGGGUGGACUUUAUGGAGCGGAGCCCCAACAUCUCCUGGCUCUUUCAUUUCCGUAUUGCCUCUCUCAUGCUCUUGCUGGGCGUUCUAGAUUUUCUUUUUGUCAGCCAUGCCUACCACAGCAUCCUCACCCGAGGGGCCUCGGUGCAGCUGGUCUUUGGGUUCGAGUAUGCCAUCCUCAUGACCAUGGUACUCACCAUUUUCAUCAAGUAUGUCCUGCACUCAAUCGACCUCCAGAGUGAGAAUCCCUGGGACAACAAGGCUGUCUACAUGCUCUACACGGAGCUCUUCACGGGCUUCAUCAAGGUGCUUCUCUACAUGGCCUUCAUGACCAUCAUGAUCAAGGUGCACACCUUCCCUCUCUUCGCCAUCCGGCCCAUGUACCUGGCCAUGAGGCAGUUCAAGAAGGCUGUGACGGACGCCAUCAUGUCCCGCCGCGCCAUCCGCAACAUGAACACCCUGUACCCCGAUGCCACCCCAGAAGAGCUACAAGCCAUGGACAAUGUGUGUAUCAUCUGCCGGGAGGAGAUGGUGACAGGCGCCAAGCGCUUGCCUUGCAAUCACAUUUUCCAUACCAGCUGCCUGCGGUCAUGGUUCCAGCGCCAGCAGACCUGCCCCACGUGCCGUAUGGAUGUCCUGCGUGCCUCAUUGCCUGCCCAGUCCCAGCCUCCGCCCGAGCCGCCAGAGCCAGGCCAGCAGCAGCAGCAGCACACGCCGCUGGUGCCCCAGCCCCCCAACUUCCCCCAGGGCGUCCUGCCCCCAUUUCCUCCAGGGAUGUUCCCCUUCUGGCCUCCUAUGGCUCCAUUCCCGCCAGUCCCCGGCGUCCAGCCAGCCAACAACGCCGAGAACCCUGCAGCCGCCUCCAGCUCGCCCUCCACCUCUGGGGCUCAGGCAACAGCCAGUACCUCACGCCCCAGUGGAGACUCGGCAGCAGGAUCAGACACUGCUGCCCCUGCAGGAACCGUGCCGGGCUUACCCUUCCCUCCCCCCUGGAUAGGGAUGCCAUGGCCCCCUCUGUUUGGUUUCCCUCCCAUGCCGGUGCCACCUGCCGGGUUUGCAGGGCUCACGGAUGAAGAGCUCCGGGCCAUGGAGGGCCACGACCGGCAGAACCUGGAAGCCCGGCUACAGUGCCUACAGAACAUCCACACGCUCCUGGAUGCGGCCAUGCUCCAGAUCAACCAGUAUCUCACUGUCCUAGCAACCAUUGGGUCACCCCGUCCUGCCCAGCCUCCCAGCACAUCCACCUCGACCCAGGUCCCCCACACUGAUGAAUCUACCACCUUGCCUUCGCCAGACAGCACUACACCUCCGGUGGCAUCUCCAGAGGGGGCCACAUCUGGUGAACCGGACUCAACAGGUCAAACAGAUCUGUCUGGCCUGGGGGGUGCUGAAGGCUACACGCCACCAGGUCCUGCCCUCGAGGAAGAGGAGGAGCUGUCUUCAUCCGGGGAGCCUGACACGGCCGAGCUUCGCCGGCGCCGGCUUCAGAAACUGGAAUCACCCCCUGCCCCCUCACACUGACACCCCUCGGAGCCCAUCUUGCCCAGUGACUGGUAUUUUUGGCUCGUGACUUUGUUUUCUCUUCUCCGCCCUCCCUAAUUUGUUUAAAAAGAAAGUUUAAAAAGAAAAAAAAAAAACAUUAAAAAAAUAAGACAGACGCGCAACGUCAGGGGCCACGGGGCCAGGGACCUCGACGGGCUGAGACUAACCCACCCCAGCCAGCGGAAGGAGGAGGCCACAGCCAUGAUGCUACGGGUUUGGGGGGGGUUGGAAUGGACUCUGCCUUUUUGUUUCUAACUUAAAACCCCACCCUCGAAUGCAAA